UUUAAACUGUAUAUUAACUGUAAUUUGUAAUAUUACUGGUGUAUUUGUAUUUGAAUAAAAAAUAAAUAUAUAUGCAACUGUGUAAAUAGUGAACAGGAAAAUUUGUCAGUAAAAAUAAUUGUUGACUGUGACUCGCUGCUUCAAGUAAUGUAUUAGAUUGAAAACCAUAAGUGUUGAAUGGACUUCAAAUUCUGUAUCAUCUCAAUGUGAUAGAAUAAGUCGUAUCGUUAAGAAAACGAUAGAUCAAGUAUGCGAUUCAACAACAAAGAAAUGAUUCACAUCAGUCACUCAAAUCCUGUUCUUGAAGGCCGGAUGUCCUAUGCAAAGAUGUCUAACGGGUAUGCGUCUAAAGGUUUCAAGGAAAGAUGGUUUCGGCUCAAGUASAACUUAUUAUUUUACUUUAAAAUUAAUGGAUUUGGGCAAGUUGAUUUACACCAACCAGCUGGUGUUUUUGUUUUGGAGAAUUCUAUUGUAAGACUUGAGAACAAUUUGCCAGGAACAUUAUUUUCAUUUUCUCUUUCGUUUAAAGAUGAACCAGAUAAAAAGUAUAUUAUUUCUAGUCAGUCUGAGGAUCAUGUUCACCAGUGGAUCAAAUGUAUUCAAAGCUCAACGUAUGAAUAUAUGAGAACUCGAAUGACGUCGAUACAAAAAAAAAUCGUGGAGCUUACUGGAAGAGAUCCGCUGUUGAUGUAUCCAGAGGAAGGGAAGAAAAUUGGCCGUACGAGAAGAUCGGUGGCCGAUGAAGACAAUAGUAAUUUAUUUUUCAACCAGUCGACGGAUCCACUCCCGCCACCCAGGCACAAACACGACGCCGGCAAAACGGCCGACUUGAAUCUUAUCGAACUGUAAAUUAACCGUAUCUGUAAGUAGGUAUGUUAUGCGUGUAUGCAGAGAAGGGGUUGUUUGUUGUUUACCAUCAUGUAGAACGAUACUAGCUGGCGACGCGCAUGCAUCGAUAUACCUUUAUUUUGUAAUAUGCGUACCGGUAGCUAGUUGUGAUUUUACGUUUUCGAUUUCGAUUACAUUACCUAUAUAGUGGUACACGCUUUACCGCAAAAAUAUUAUUGUUAUAACUAUAUAUACACGGUAUACUGCCGUUGACCUUGUUACCGUAGGUAUAUUAUCAUACACAUCGGCAAGGUGGUUCAAAAUGUACAACUGAAACGUAUUCACUUUUGGAAAACGUUUUCCCGGAUAUGCUGCGUCCCGGAUAAAUUCCUAUAUAUAAUACGUUAUUAUAUUAAAUUCGUGCAACAUAUGGUUUCCAUCAUUUUGUUUAGGUAGGUAAAUGUAGGAUAUUUUAUAAUAUAUACAAGAUAUACAUGCAUACAUAAUAUAUAGUAAAUAACGCGAUUAUCAAAUAAUAUUUUAAUGCACCGUAUAUUGUAUGUAUUAAGUGGUGAUGUUGUGCGCUCGAGAGUUUAAUGUUGUUUGGAUUUAUAUUAUAUUGCUUGUUAUUGAUUUUUCGAUGUAUUAUUAUUUUUUGUAAGUUUGGU